CUUUCAUUUCAGUCGGUGUCAAGUGUCAUAGGUCAACGAACUUAGGGUUAAGCUGGCUGAGCUGACUAAACUGAAUUGAAAUCAAACUCGAAACUCAUAUAAUAAAUCGAAUUAAACAUCUUCCAGCUUCAGCUUGCUUUCUAAUAUUUAUAUUCAACUACUUCAUUAAAUUAAGCAGUGAGCAAAUGGCUCUUCCUAUCGUUUCAAUAACCCGACGAGAAACAUUUAGUUCCUGUCACCGACUGCACAGUCCCUUUUUAAGUGAUGAAGAAAAUAAAAAGUUGUAUGGAAAAUGCAACAAUCCCAAUGGACAUGGACAUAACUAUGUGGUUUUGGUGACAGUGAAAGGUCCUGUGAAUUCACACACUGGCAUGGUGAUGAAUGUGCAUGAUUUAAAACAAUACAUGCAGCAAGCAAUCAUGGACCCAUUAGAUCAUAAAAACUUGGAUCAGGAUGUGCCAUAUUUUAAGGCCGUGGUGAGCACAACAGAGAACUUGGCAAUAUUUAUAUGGGACCAGCUUCAAAAGGUGAUGGAAAAACCGCAACUAUUACAUGAGGUGAAAAUACUGGAAACUGAAAAGAAUCAUGUGGUUUACAGAGGAGGCAGCACUUACCCCAGGAAAAAGCCCGAUAACUCCAGCUUCCACCCCAAAAACUUCAAUGUGUCCUCGGACUCGGACUGAAUGAUUAAUCAAAUUUGAUCUUUGUUUAUUUUAUAAAAGAUUUUUUAUAUUUCUACUGUUAAUGUUAUGCCAUUAGUGUUGUAAGUAUAUAUCAUUGAGCUUGUUUAUAUUAAAGCAUUCCAUGAGAAAAACUCUUAUAUAUUAUUUAAAUUGUUUCUAAAGUGUUAUACUAAAAAUAAAUCUGCCUGGUUUAUUGGAAAAUAAAGCAUAAUGAAGUUAUGAAUUAACAUCAUAAAGUAAAAUCAAGUUUAUGAAUUAACAUCGUGUUACACAAGGUCAUUGCUGGGGAACGGCCCCUAAUAGCAUGACACGCGCCAAAAACUCGCUUUUUAUUAUGACUUUAAACAGGACAGCGAAAGUUUUUCGCUCGUGCCAUGUUGCGAGGACAAGAAGUGGUCAUUUUAGGAAGUGGGACAUAAUGGUCAUUAAGGUUUCAUCCGUUGUACAGUUUCAUUCAGUAGCAAUGUGCUUAUAACCUUUAUUGUAGUAUACAAUUAACUCCCGUCGACUUUUUUGGUGCGUCUGUUCAAUAUGGCGACUGAUUCCACAGUCUCUAUGGCGAUCAUUGAUUGAAUCAAAUCAACCAUUGCUAAUACAAAGUUGUUUUAUGUUACAAAAGCAAGUUUAAAAGGAAGUUGAAUGAAAAGUCAAUUUACCCAAUUAUUUAUAAUCAGUUUACUGAACAUACAACAGUACAUAUACUUUGAUAAAUAUCAGCUUACUCUUUAUUGCACCAUAAUACUAAAUAUCAUCACAAAAAGGGAAACAUAAAAAUUGGCCCUACAAAAUGUUAUUUUCAAAUAAAUGUGUAAAAUUUUAACUUUAAAAUUAAGAUCUGAAAAAUGAGAUAUACUUACUUGAAAUUGGCUUUCAAGUCAGUAGUUAUAUUUCUAAAAAUAGUAUGUAAAUAAAAUAUAUGUUGUUAUAAAGUGGGAAAUUACAUUUCUCACAAAUCCCAUGAUAUAUUUCUAUAUAAAAAUCAUAUAAUUAAUAAAGUUUUAUCAACUAUUCCACUUAAAUCGCCUAAAUCUCACAAAUAUUGAACAUCACAAUCAAAAACAAAUACUUAACAUAGACUGCUUUAAAAGCUACUUACUUUGUACAAAAAUAUGUUAAUUUCAUUUUAUUAUUGCAUUGCACAGUUGCACACACAAAAAAAACCGAGCUAUUAAUUUUUUACUACAACAUUAAAACCCUUACAUGAUAAGAUAAAAUUUGUAAACUACUUAAACGUCUACCCUUGCAUAAAAUUUAAAAAUACUAAUAGUGAAUGAAUUCAUUUUCAAAGGUUCAAUAUGAAUGCUUCCUGAACAUCCCAAAGUCAAACUACUUUUUUUCAUUUACAAAUCAAAUUAUUUACCCAUGCAGUCAGAUAUUUAUGAACUAAUUGACUCAUCAGAAUACCUACACAAAUAGUUUUCUUUACGCCUAUCACAAUCUUAAAAAAUAAUUUACAA